UUGUUUUGACAAUUGACAUUGACUUUGACAUUUGACAAUCAAUCCAAAAAAAGAGAGGCGUUUUUUCUCAAAUUUCUGAUCGAAAUCCACUAAAAUACAGUUUUCUAUGUUAAAACUGUAACUUUAUAAUUGAAAAAUAGAAAUGAUUCGCUUCAUCCUAAUACAAAAUCGAGCGGGGAAGACACGGUUGGCAAAAUGGUACAUGAACUUUGAUGAUGAUGAGAAACAGAAGCUGAUUGAGGAGGUCCACGCCGUGGUGACCGUUCGCGACGCCAAGCACACAAACUUUGUUGAGUUUCGAAACUUCAAGAUAGUGUACAGGAGAUAUGCCGGCCUGUACUUCUGCAUAUGUGUGGACGUGAACGACAACAACCUGUGCUACCUGGAGGCCAUACACAACUUUGUGGAGGUCCUCAAUGAGUACUUCCACAAUGUGUGUGAGCUGGAUCUUGUGUUUAACUUCUAUAAGGUGUACACAGUAGUGGAUGAGAUGUUCUUGGCCGGAGAGAUUCGAGAAACCUCCCAAACGAAAGUCCUGAAGCAACUGCUGAUGCUCAACUCCUUAGAGUAACAAGUUCAAUGAGUCUCAUACUUGGUUCUAGCCUGAAGAAUGUAUAAUUUAUCUUUAUAAAGUAAUGUAAUAUUAUUAUAUAAAAAUCCAGUUAUCCAAUAAUUUGAUUGUAUACCAAUCCUAAAUUAUAACCAGUACAAAUAUUGUACUUUAGUCUUUAGUAUAUUUAUGACAUUACAUAGAUAACAAUAUGAAAGAAGGAAUAUAAGCAGUAUGGGCAUGUAAUUUAAAGUAUACUCAGAGGCACAAUUAUCCGCCCACUUUUAUAUACUCGCGUCAUAUUAAAGAGGGCGGAUAAUUGUGCCUCUGAGUAUAUUAAUUUUUAUUAUUUGUUUGUUUGUCGAGAAUAGACCCGGAAACUACCUACCCGGAAAUGGAAGCCUCUGAGUAUAUUAUGAAGGAACUAUGAAGAUUGAUAUAUAUUGCAGAUCCCACAUAAGUGGGAUAAUUGAACUAUGAAAUAAUGGUCUUUGGACCCAGGAACAAAAUAUUUAUCAAUAACCAUAUUCCUCAUACUUUAUGUUUGUGACUAUUUGCUAAAGUAUUAUAUUUAUGUACAUUGUAAAGAAUAAUGAUUUUAAUACAGGAAAUAUUUAUUUUAUUGCCACCUCUACUCGGCAGAAACCUGCAUUAAACAAGUGGUAAGGUCUUUGCGAAUAGUCAAACUUGAUGAUUCAAAAGUGCUUGUAGACCAAGCAUACAUGAAAUAAAUGAAGUCUGAUUUUGAUUGACUAAAAAGCAAUGAUGUUAAAUACUGUUAGAUGUGUUACUAGGUCAUGAAAAAUGAGGCGCCGAGAAGAGGAAAUUUCCACAUCUCAAUGUUAGUUGUGGUCAACAACGAACGUUAUUUAAACAAAUAAUAACUAAAUAUCGUCUACAAUGCCGAGUUGUGUGUUCAGGAAGUGUAAAAACUAUAUAUACAUAAAUAUAUAAUUGAAUUAAAGACAAUUGUGCAUGUGUGCGCUCAGUUUUGUAGUACAAAAUCACUUUUUGCAGUGCUUUUGUAGGGACAUAAGCAAUCUAUAGUAUAAAAUUAUCAUUGCUAAAAAGGAUAUUGGGGAUAUUUGGUUUAUUUCUGUGUUUUAUAAAUCUGUUUAAUUAUGAUUGGUGUAUAACUGAAUUAUUUUAGUGAAGAUGAGUUUGAUAUGUAAAUGGCAGUUGUUAGUAAAUAAUAAUAAAUAUUAUUGAAUGUUUAUGUAGAUUUAAUAGUGUAUUAUGUAUACCUAUCAUAAAUGUUUCAAGGAAAAAUAAAAAAUUGGUUCAUUGAUUUUAUUUAAAUGAUACCUAUUUAUUGUCAACUGUAAAAAGUAGUAAAAGAAAACAAAUGAGCUGUUAAAACAAAAUAAUUUGUUUAAUUGUAAAGAAAGUGUAAAAUGUUAGUGUAAUGUAAUAAUCUAUUUAAGUGAUCACUUUUAUUUUAUGUUAUAAAUAUUUUUUAGUCAAUACUCAUUCCAUUGUAUAAUAAAAGUGUUAUCACAUUUA